AUGGCUUCUUCUUCUUCUUCUACGGCUGUUGAAGUGAGGAAGCAUGAUGUUUUCCUCAGUUUCUGUGGCGAGAACACCCGGACCACAUUUACCAGCACUUUACAUGGAGUCUUGAAGGAGACAAGUAUAAAUGUUUUCAUUGAUGAUGAACUUAACAAAGGAGAGGAGAUUUCGUCAUCUCUUAUGAGUGCAAUUGAAGAAUCAAUGAUUUCAGUUAUUAUUUUCUCGAAAGGUUAUGCAUCUUCAAGAUGGUGUCUUGAAGAACUUGUGAAGAUCAUGGAGUGCAAGAAAACGCAAAAACAGUCGGUAAUACCAAUUUUCUAUCUCAUAGAUCCAUCAGAAGUAAGGAAUCAAACUGGAAUUUUUGGAGAUGGAUUUGCCAAGCUUGUAGAAAGUUUUGAUGAGGAGAAGUUAGAGAACCUACAAAUUGACAGAAGAACAAUUUAA